CAUUACAAGACUUUUCAAGGUCUUAUUCGUCAUGAAAAUUCAGCUUACUAUUCCUAUAAUCAACCUCCUGCUAAUAUUAUUUCCUUACCUUUACAACAUGUUGAACAAUUCAAACAAAUAUUAGUAAAUGAAAUACACAAACGGCUCUCUCUUCAUUAUACCAAAUCAGACAAGCAACUUAUUAAGUUUCCAUGUACCGAUAGUGAGUUUGUAGCAGUGUUUGAAAGUCAAUUGAGUAGUUUUUUACCAGCAAAGCGAGUAUAUUGGUGUGUUUUUAAAGGUUGUGAAGCUGAAUCUAUAUUAGAAAACUUACUUGAUCAGUCACUUGAAUCUUACAAUAUUUCAAAUUUUAAAUCUAUUAAAAUAGUACCACCAGAAAUGACUGUAGAAUGGUUUCAAGAAAGUAUUAAAGAUUCAAAAGGACAUCAAACCUUGGGUGGGCAAUUAAGAAUUAGAUUUUGUUUAGAUCAAGAGUAUUAUUUUUAA